UGGUGUGAUGAACAUGCAUAUGUUUUGGGCUUUGGCCUUUCUGCUCAUCAGUUGCUGCAUCACUGAUGGCAAAAUUUCAGAGUACCAGCUGGAGUCAGAGUCCCGCAGUCCGUGUGAACUGCUGAGAAGUGUUGGGUCAGAACAGCAGAAUGAGCACAUUCCCCAGUGCUCAGAGGACGGUCGAUACAGAUAUGUCCAGUGUAAUCGUGGUGGGGAAUGCUGGUGUGUGAACUCUGAUGGAACAGAAAUUCCUGGAAGCAGACAGAACGACACUGUGGUAACUUGCCUGACGCCAUGCCAGCUGCAGAGACAGAGGCUGCUGCUGAGUGGGGAUGCUGGUGUGGUGCCUCGUUGCCUGGACUCAGGAGAGUAUGAGCCUGUGCAGUGUGAUGGUGCUCUGGGUCAGUGUUGGUGUGUGGACAUGGAGGGCAUGGAGAUCUAUGGCACACGGCAGAAUGGAAGACCAUCUCAGUGUCCAAGUGUUUGUGAGACAAGGCAGCGGCGGCUCCUCCAUGGUGUUGGAGAGUCUUCUCCUCCACAGUGCUCAGAUAAUGGCAGGUUCCUUCCUGUGCAGUGCAAGUUCAUCAACACCACCAACAUGAUGGUCUUCGAUCUUUUACAUGCCUUUAACAGACGUCCAGAGGUGUUCCAGACAUUCAGUGGUUUUAGAAAGGCCUACCCUGAACUGUCCAGCUACUGUUACUGUGCUGAUACUCGAGGUAGAGAGCUGCCCAGCACUGGCCUCGAGCUGCUGCUGGAUGAGGUAUAUGACACAGCAUUCUCAGGCCUAGAUGUAGGACGCUCAUUCUCUCAGACCAACAUGUACCGCAUCCUGCAGAGGAGAUUCUUUGCUGUCCAACUGGCCUUGACUGGGCGGUUUAGAUGUCCUACCCCUUGUGAAAGUGAGCGAUCUGCGAGCUCCCAGGCUGGAAAUGUCUAUGUGCCCUCAUGUGAUGCCCGUGGCCAGUACCUUCCAUCCCAGUGCCAGGCUGGUGGGCAGUGCUGGUGUGUGGAUUCUGAUGGUAAAGAAAUCUUUGGGACUCGGCAGCGCGGUGUUCCUGACUGUGGAACAAAAGGAAAAGACUGCUACUCUGAGAGGAGACUUGCACUGUCCAGACUUUUCUAUGGUCCAGCUGGACACUUAAGCCAGAACAAUGCUUUCUCAUCUCCUCAGGACACAACUAAGAAAGAUGCCUCUCCUUUCUCUCCAUGCAGCCCAGAAUUCCAAGAGCUCCUGGCCAAUUCCGGCCUCGCCAGAUCCCUGCCAGAGUCAGAGCGCUCAGAUAUUGGUGAGAUAAUGGCUGAGCUUGUUCAGGGAAUGUUCCCUACAGGAGCUCUUGCUCUAAAGGCCCUGUCCCUCACCUCUAACCCAAAGAGGCUCCAAGAGAACCUGUUUGGAGGCAAGUUCUUAAAGAACGCUGGCAACUUCAACUUCACUGGUACUGUUGGAUCCAGAGGCACUGUGAGCUUCAGUCAAGCUUUCCUUCAAGUCGGCUUGAGCCAGGAUGCUAAAGACUUGACCAAGCUGGCCAAGAUCUUUUCAGUCGACUCUACAGGUCCAAACUUGGACCGUGAGGUCUCGGAUGCAUAUGGCCGCUCUGUGAACCUUCAGCGCAACAGAGAUUUAAUCAAGCUUAUCGGUAGAGCCCUAGAAAACGAGCAGUUCUUCACUACACUGCGAGAGGCCAUCACUUUGCUCAAGGCAGAAGACAGCGACCAGCUGGGACCACUUUUCCAGGCAGUGUUCCAGAACUUUGAUGUUUGCAGUUCACCUGCUUCCCCCUCAUCUCUCUACUUACCCCAGUGCACCGAAGAUGGCCAGUAUCAAGCAGUCCAGUGUCAGGGCUCUGAAUGCUGGUGCGCCGACUCCCAGGGCCAGGAGGUCAUGGGUUCUCGUUCCAUUGGCUACAGACCACGAUGCCCAUCCAGAUGUGAGAAGGAGCGCAUGAUGGCCAUAGCAGUCAAAGCGAGCAGCUCAGCAGGUUCUGAGGUGUUUAUCCCUAAGUGUGAAGAGGAUGGAGAGUAUGUGUCAUUGCAGUGCCUUGGAAAGAGCUGCUUCUGCUUGGACCAGAGAGGAGUUAGAUAUAGCACGUUGGGUUCUGGAUCCAGUCUACAGUGUCCCACAGAUUGCCAGAUUACUGCAAGCCAGUAUUUCAUGAACACAGUCAAUUCCUUACUGGCCAGCUCUUCUUCCGUUUCACAGCUUUCUGACGUUUAUGUCCCUCGCUGUGCUUCGGAUGGCAGUUGGCACCAGAUCCAGUGUGACGGUCCUCCUGAACAGGCCUUUGAUUUCUACCAGGAGUGGAUCCAAAUCAACAAUGAUGGAAAAGAGCUGCCUGUUUCUGACCUCCUUGGAAUUCCGAAAGACUAUGCCAAAAAUACAGAAGCUAUGGCAUCAUUCAGGGGCUUCCUUUCAGCCGUAUUCCAAGCCAGACACCAGAAAGUGUUCCCGGCUCUAGCCAAAUAUGAAGCGUUCUCAGAACUUCCAUCUGAAAUACUAGAUGGGAAUACUCAAGCUGUCUCCGGACCAUCUGUUUUCCUGAAUCCUCUGUACCUGUGGAAAUUGCUCAGGGGUGACAGUAGCCAGUAUCCUGGGCCUCUGGCAGACUUCAGUGCCCCUCUGAAUCACUUUGACCUGCGUCAGUGCUGGUGUGUAGACCAGACUGGGGGAAUGAUUGCUGGCUCCAAAGCUCCAGUCAAACAGAUCCCAAAAUGUCCUGGUCCUUGUUCUCUGAUAAAAGGACAGGUUGAUGAGUUCCUGGCGAAAGCAGAGAGACAGAUCUCUCUCUCUAACAGCUCCUACAUACCUGUGGGGUACAGUUUCCUCCUGGCUGAAAGUGUGAAUCUGAUCAGUGAAGCGAUGCAGCAGACUUUCAGUACUGGCUUUCAAGUUUCUGAAGACUUUCUGAGCAAUACCGACUCUGCCCUGCGGCUGGCGGCACACUCUACCCUUCAUUUCUACUGGCAGAGCAGAUUAUUGGCCAGUGAAACAGACAGAGAGAGUCUACGUCUUGGCUACCAACCCUAUAGCCCACAGUGUGAUGCCUACGGCCAGUGGCUGCCCACUCAGUGCUAUCCCAGCACAGGUCGCUGUUGGUGUGUGGAUGAAGAGGGAGGAUACAUAACUGGAUCUCUGACUGAUCGCACAGUUUAUCUCCCACAAUGCCAAACUCCAUGCCAGAGAUCUCAAGCUCAGUACAGUAUGUCUGUAUGGACAAAGUCAACCCCUGACAUAACAUUCUCCUACAGCCCGUCUUGUGAAGCGGAUGGUGAGUUUUCUGUGCUCCAGAGACAGGACAGUUCUGUGGCCUCAUGUGUCAGCCCUGUUACAGGAAAGAUGAUCCAACCAGCCAUUUUGAGCCCCACUGGAGACUUAAAGUGCCCUGGCUGGUGUGCUCUCCAGAAGAAGCUUGUGGCUGAGAGGGAGAUGGGUGUUGGCUAUGAGCCGCAGUGUGUGGAGGGAGGAGAACGCUUCUCGCCUCUGUUGUGUGAUGCGUCUUACUGCUGGUGUGUUUCUGAGAGCGGCCAAGAGCUUCCUGCUACUCGCACUACACGAAGCCUAGGAAAAACACCAUCCUGUGACUAUCCACAGUGUCCUCUCCCCUUUGGGGUUUCCCAUGGUGCCGCUGUCUGUGGCAAUGAAAGUGUGGCAGGUGAACAGAGGCAGCGCUGCAGGGUUUACUGUCAGCAGGGUUAUUUAAAUACGCUUCAGGUAGACAGCUUCUCCUGUGACCCUGUGACCAAAACCUGGAUAAGUGAUGCUCCACUCUCCUACGCCUGCCAAAGAGUUCAGCCUCUGCAGACUGUGCGGGUGUCUUCAGUGCUGCAGUUGACUCUGGCGGCAGGUCAGCAGGGCUGCAGUGGUCAGCGCUCUGCACUGCAGGCCUCUCUGCUGCAUGACUUGAGGGCAGCAGGACUCUGCAGCUUGCAGCUGUCUUCAGGACAGUACAGCUCUUUCUCAGUGUGUGACAACUCGUCUGUUUUGCUGGAGUGCGAGAGCGAGCAAAGCCUCACUGCAACCAUCACUCUCAAAGCUCGUCUGUCUGACCUGCCAAUCAGUGCACUGCCUGAUCUCUAUGACAUUGACUCUGUUUUCAGUAGUGAGAAGAUUCUGAAGGGUGUGAUGGAAAUAAUCAGAAGUGGCUCGUACCGCUCAGUCUAUGUGUCAGAACCCACUGUGGCCAUCUCCUCACCAGCCUCUUUCAGCUGCUCCGUGGGCUAUCAGCAGCUUCCAGACUCGGCUGGGUGUGUGGUGUGUCCUGCUGGGUCGUUCUCCAGUGGUGGACGGUGUGAUGUGUGUCCUCGUGGUUCGUAUCAGGCUGAGGCAGGGCAGGAUUUCUGCUCCCCCUGUCCUUCAGGAACCUCCACUGCAGCACUGGGAGCCUCCAGCCCUUCACACUGUUUAUCAGAAUGUCAGCAGAGUAAGCUCAGCUGUACAGACAGAGGGGAAUUCCUUUCAGCCCAGAAGCAUUUUCAGUCUGGCAAGUGGCUGUGCAUCACUUCAAAAGGAGAGGAACUCACCUGGACAUCAGCAGAUGAAGCAGUCAGUGCAGAGCAAUGCAAAGUAUUGGAGAAAUUUGAGGCUGUACCAGUUUCGUCCCUGCUUUUGGAUUCUGAUGAUGCCGUGGUAUUGUGGUCUGAUUCCUCAUCACAGCCACUGGAGACUCAGCUCAGGAAGUGUGUGUUUGAAUGUGCGGAAGAUGACUCAUGCCAGCAUGUUGCUGUUUUCCGUGAUGGAGCACAAACACUCUGUGACCUCUACAGCACCAGCGAAGAAAACGUUGACUGCAGAACCUCUCAGCGAAGUAAAGGAUUUCUGGGAAAUGAAGGAGCUGAAAGCUUCCAGACUUUGAGCUGCUUGCUGAAAGUGAAAAUUGGAGACAAACCCAAUCUCACAGUUCUCAGAAAGAAAGGUCAUGAAUUCAGCACAGCAGGUCCGAAGAAAUUUGAGCGGCUGACUUUUCACAAGGCGAGUUCUGGAGUUUACCGGACUCUGGUGUUUGAGGCAUCUGGGGCAUCUCUGGCUGACGUACAUCGCUUCUGUGUGGACACCUGCAGACAGGAGAGCUGCUGCGAUGGCUUUAUUCUUAACCAGAACGUUCUCAAUGGAGGUUCUCUGAUGUGUGGUCUGCUGAGUUUUCCCUCUGUGCUGCAGUGCAGUGAAGGCGACUGGGACGUGAGCUCUGUAGCCUCGUCCAACCGCAUCUGUGGAGCUGGACUCAAAUACAACAAACAGCAGAAACAGUUCACCUUUGAGUUUGGUGGACAGAACUUCACCAUCACUGAUUCAGCUUUGCCUGUAUCGAGCAAAAACAGAACAGAUUACGAAGCCACGAUCAUCGGCUUCCAACGUGUCUAUCUCUGGAAAGAGUCGGAUAUGAGCACUCGACCAAAGACUGAUGGAUCCUGUGGAAGAUUAGCUCUUUUAGGAACUCCUGCUUCCACCGUCUCUGACUCAGUGAAGGAGAUGUUUGACAUCCUGUCCGGAGGUGAUAUAAGCAUCAACUCAGACAAGAAAACACCCACCCAGCAGUACUGGCUCUUCAAACACCAGUUCACUGCAGAAGAGGCCCGGCUCUGGUGUCUCAAACGCUGUAUGGAGGAGGAGCUGUGCCAUGUGGCCGACCUUCGAGAUGAAGGCUCUGUGUAUUCUGUGUGCAUGCUGUAUCCUGAUACCCGAGUGUGUGGGGCCUAUGAUAAGCCUCUGAGACAGGCCUGCAGUCUGGUGCUGCCUCAGGACCCUCAGACUGCCUACCGGAAGAAGGUUGAUCUAUCUGGCAGCGUGGAGAGCUUCUACAACCGCGUGCCUUUUAAAAAGAUGGUGUCUUAUUCCGUCCGCAGCAAAGUAAGCGUGUCCAGCAAGCCAAUUACUGAAGGGUUUUUAGAGUGUGAGAGGCGCUGUGAUGAGGACCCGUGCUGUAGGGGAAUCGGGUAUAUCAGAGAUACUGGAACUGCUGUUGCAGAUGUAUCUUGUUUAACUCUGAAUAGUCUUGGAAUUCAGACGUGUGGAGAAGAUGAUCGCACUGAAUGGAGAGUGCAGGACUGCUCUCCAUCUAAAGUGCAGACUGGACUCCACCCCUUCGGCUGGUAUGAGAAACCAGUGAAUCAAUGGACGAAAAGCCCUGGUAUUUGUCCUUCCUUCAAACUUCGAGCUCCUUCAAAAAAUGUUAACCUGAAAGACUGGACACUGUUGAAUGCAUCCUCCAUCCUGGUGGACUCAUCAGUAUCUGCAUUCGACAUUGUUCAUCUCAGCAAAGACAUCGCAGAAGAUCUGGAUAGAGUGCGUGAUUGGUGCCUGGCUGCGUGUGAGGAGAAUGACUCGUGUUAUGCUGUAUCAGUGGACAGUAAAGAGUCAGCAGUGAGAUGCGUGAUGUAUCCCGACAGUCACAUCUGCCUCCCAACUUCCAGAGGCCAGCACUGUGUCCUCCUCACUAAAGAACCUGCCCAAUAUGUGUAUCUUAAAACAGUUUUGAAGCCAGAGUUGACCACAGUAUCCGUUCCUGGCCAUGGAGCUCUGCUGGGAGAAAGUGAGGUGAAGGCGUUUGGUGUCGACAGCAAGCCUGUGACUUAUUUUCUGGGCGUACCUUACGCACGUCCACCAGUCGGUGAUCUCCGCUUCAGCCCGCCGCAGCCAGCUGAUUGGACAGGCACCUGGAAUGCUACAUUUGCUCGACCCAGUUGUCUUCAGCCUGGUGAUACUUCUGAUUCACGCUCCAGUGAGGACUGUCUGUACCUGAAUAUAUUUGUACCCAGCAGCGUGAAAAGGGCUGCACCAGUUCUUGUGUUUUUCCAUAAUGCUGGUUCCGGUCUGCUGGAUGGCUCUUAUCUUGCUGCUGUAGGAAACAUCAUCGUGGUGACAGUGAACUUCAGGGUAGCUGCUUUUGGAUUCCUUAGCACAGGUUCUGGCACUCUUCCAGAGAAUUUUGGACUGCAAGACCAGGCAGCAGCUCUCGGAUGGGUACAGAAGAACAUCGCACUUUUUGGUGGAGAUCCCACCAAAGUGACAGUUGGAGCAGACAGAAAUGGUGCCGACCUUGCCAGCCUUCAUCUGUCCUCGUCCUCAUCCUCCUCUCUCUUCCGUCAGGCUCUGCUCAUGGGUGGGUCAACGUUCUCUCCAGCUGCAGUUAUGAGUAAGCGGAAGGCUCAGGAGCAGGCAGCGUCUCUAAGCACAGAGCUGGGCUGCUCAUCCUCCGAGCCCUCACAGAUACUGACCUGUCUCAGAGGAAAAACAGCUCAAAGCAUCAACGCUGCUCAAACCAAGUUACUGGCAGUUAGUGGUCCUUUGCAGGCCUGGUCUCCAGUGGUAGAUGGUGCGGUGGUGAGAGAAGAUCCCACCACAGCCCUGAACUCUGGGCGCUUCUAUAAAGUGCCGCUGCUGCUGGGAUCUUCAGCUGAGGACGGGCUGAUCAGCAGAGCUAAAAACAUCAAGAACUUUGAGCUACUCCAGGGACGAGCCGACAGUAAAACAGCUUUCUAUGAAGCUCUGUCCAACUCUCUCGGAGGAGACGAUGCUAAUGCCUUUGUGAAGGAAGCAGCUACUUGGUUCUACUCUCUUCAGCACUCUCCCACUCCUUCUGGAUACAACGUCUUCUCCCGUGCUCUAGAGAACGCAACAAGAGAUUACUUCAUCACCUGCCCAUCUGUGAACAUGGCCAGCUUCUGGGCCUCCCACACUCGCUCCAGUGUUUACAUGUACCACCUUCCUCAGGAUAUGGCACACAACAGUGCUGAUUUGUCAGCUCCUCUGGAUAUCCAGUAUGUGUUUGGUGUGCCACACAGUCCAGCAAUGCGAGAACUCUUCACCUACACUGAGAGAAAACUCUCUCUCCAGGUUAUGAGCUACGUGGCCAACUUCAUUAAGACCGGGAACCCCAAUCUGCCUGUCUCAGUGUCCACCACGUCCUUCGGUGAGGUUUUGCCUCCCUGGCCUCAGUUCCUGCCCCACCCAAACGGGCAGAGCUAUAAGGAGCUGUCCCCUUCCCUCAGCAACCGCAAGAGCCUGCAGUCGGCCCAGUGCUCCUUCUGGUCCCAGUAUGUGCCGGCUCUGAGCGCCUCCACUGGCAAAUUAUUGUGUAACUCUGCAGUAGGAGAGACUGGCGCAUCUCUACGUCCAACAUCAGAGCCAAAACCACUUCCACAGACCGAUUUCAGCUCUUCAGUGACGCAGAGCAAACCCAAAUCAGAGAAGGACGCUUACAAUUAAAUUACACUGCUGAAAAUGUGUAGAGUUUGACUGUGAAUUUUGAGCCAUUUCAGUUACAGCUGCUAAACCUCAUCAUCUAGUUCAUGCAUUUCUGUUGCAAUUUUUCUGUAAUCAUCUAAAUAUGACGUAAACAAUGACACUGCAUCCAUGAAAUAAAACUGCAUUCUAGAAAACUGAAA